GUUGCAUCAUCCGGCGCCAUCUUGUAAAUGGCUUUAUGAAAGAAAAAAAAAACCUUAAAAAAAAAUUUUACGUUAUAGACUGAAGUGUACAGUUACAUAGUGAUGGCUGCAGACAAUGUUUCAUCUCAGACCACAACUGGACAGCCUCAUUUGGCGAAGCAAGAUCUAACAAAAUUGGAUGAAUCUCAGCUAAAUCCUCUUACUCCCGAAGUUAUCAGUCGUCAAGCAACGAUCAACAUCGGAACUAUCGGCCAUGUGGCUCACGGAAAAUCAACAGUUGUCAAAGCAUUAUCAGGAGUACAGACUGUCAGGUUUAAAAAUGAACUUGAGAGAAACAUUACAAUCAAGCUAGGAUAUGCCAAUGCAAAGAUCUACAAGUGUGACAGCAGUUCAUGUCCAAGGCCUAGUUGCUAGCAGUCAUCUGGAAGUGCAAGGGAGGAUGUAUUUGCUUGUGACCGUAUGGGAUGCAAUGGAAAAUUUAGAUUAGUUCGACAUGUGUCAUUUGUUGAUUGUCCUGGCCACGAUAUUCUUAUGGCCACAAUGUUGAAUGGAGCAGCUGUUAUGGAUGCUGCUCUUUUACUGAUAGCUGGAAAUGAAUCUUGUCCUCAGCCUCAGACUUCAGAACAUCUGGCAGCCAUUGAAAUAAUGAAGCUAAAGCAUAUAAUUAUCCUUCAAAACAAGAUUGAUCUUGUCAAGGAGAGCCAGGCUAAAGAACAAUAUGAACAGAUUCUCCAGUUUGUUCAGGGAACUAUAGCUGAAGGAGCCCCUGUGGUUCCAAUUUCAGCUCAGCUAAAGUACAACAUAGAAGUCAUCUGUGAAUACAUCUGUAAGAAGAUCCCAGUACCUGUCAGAUAUUUCACCUCCAGUGCUAAACUCAUAGUUAUCAGAUCUUUUGACGUAAACAAACCAGGAUGUGAGGUAGAGGAACUCAAAGGUGGUGUUGCUGGGGGAAGCAUACUAUGUGGAGUUCUUAGAGUGAACCAGGAAAUAGAAGUGAGGCCUGGUAUUGUUUCAAAGGACAGUGAGGGAAAACUGCAGUGCCGUGCCAUUUUCUCAUGCAUUGUGUCUUUGUUUGCUGAGCAGAAUGAGCUUCAGUUUGCUGUGCCUGGAGGGCUAAUUGGUGUUGGCACAAAGAUUGACCCCACGUUAUGCCGAGCAGACAGGAUGGUAGGACAGGUUUUGGGUGCUGUUGGGACCCUCCCUGAGAUUUACACCGAGUUGGAAAUUAACUACUUCUUGCUGAGAAGACUGCUGGGAGUAAGGACUGAAGGCGACAAGAAAGGAGCCAAGGUACAAAAGUUGUCUAAGAAUGAAGUGUUGAUGGUGAACAUUGGUUCUCUGUCCACGGGAGGUCGUGUGUUGGCAGUCAAAGCAGAUUUGGCUAAAAUAGUGCUGACUCAGCCCGUUUGCACUGAGAUCGGAGAGAAGAUUGCGCUUAGUAGAAGAGUUGAAAAACACUGGAGGUUAAUUGGAUGGGGCCAAAUCAGACGAGGAGUUACCAUUAAACCAGAAUCGUAGGAUAAAGCAGCAGAAGUUAUGUAGUUUUAAAGAAUCGAGAUCAUCAAGAAAGGCUUCUUUCGAGAACGUGUCCUAUGGCCGUGCUUUAGUAAACUCAAUGAAUGUCCCACUAUCGUCUUUAUAGGUCUUUAUGAAGAGAAUCCUGAUUUGAAGAUUUAUCAACAUGAGGACAUUAUUUCUUGUACAGAAAAUACUGUAAGCUUACAUAAAAAGUUCAUGAAAUCUUAAGCUGAACUGUGUGAUCUAAACUGAGAUUUGGAAGUCGCUAGUUUUUUUUAUCUGGCUCAGUUUUGGUUUGUCACGCAUUACUUCUCCGUUCUUGGAGACGUCACAUCACUUCUCUUCAUCGAUGAAAAAAACAGCGUGACGUCCAAGACACUUGGAAUGUGUGAAAAACAGAUAGGAAACAUUUCGUGCGAAAGCCCAGAUAACGGUUGCUAAGGAGACGAACGAUUUGAAACGCUAGAGUGAUCAAAAAUCCUCUGUCAGGGUUAUUCAGACACAGUAUAUCGUAAUAAACAUAACAAUCUAUUUUAA